AUGAGUUCAAUUGAUUUUGAGUCAUAUGCAAAAAAUAUAGAUCAAUGGUAUAAUGACGAAGAAUUUCUUGGAUUAAGGACAGCAUCAGAACUAUGUAUGAUCUUUGAUUAUUGUUCUUUUAGUUCACAACAAUUUCUUGAAACUUUUUCAAUCAUCAGCAAGAAUUUCAAAUAUUCAGAUGUCUUCUGGAUUUGUCAACACACCAAAAUCGAUAAUUUCGAAAACGGUGAUGCCAUAAUUAAAAUUCUCGAAUUUUUAUCAAAAAUUUUCAACAAUCGUAUUCUUAGUGAUAUUGUUUCAUUCAUUAAAAUCAACAAUAUUAUAAGCAAUCAAAAGAAACAGAAUUACAAAAAAUAUUUAUUGAAUUGCUAUAAAAAAUCAGAUGACUUUGAUAAGAUUUAUAAUAUCAUAUUAAAUGCGAUAAAAGAAGGUGAUAAUGAAGCAAUUGAAUUUGCAGGAGAAUUUGGAUAUUGCGAUAUCAUUAAUGAAUAUGGCAUUCCAUUAAUUCAUUAUGUUUUCCGAAAGCAAAAUCUUGAUCUUUUAAGAGAUUUUUGCGCUAUUCCAAAAUUAAAUAUUAAUGCACAAGAUAGCGACGGAAACACAAUUUUACACAUUGCUGCGCAAUAUGAAAACCCACAAUUUAUUAAAUAUUUAUGUUCCAUUCAAAGCAUUGAUUUUAACAUUAAAAACAAAAACAACGAAACUGCUCUCCAUAUUGCAGCUAAAAAUCAAAAUCCAGAGAUCAUCAAAAGUAUUUUAUCAACAUCUAAACCUGAUUUUAAUAUUCUUGACAAACUUGGAUCAGUUUUUCAUAUUGCUGCAGCAAAUCCAAAUCUCGAAAUUUUGAGAUUAGUUUGUUCUGUUCCAAAUGUUAAUAUUAAUUCAACAAAUUCAAAAAAUGAAACUACACUUCAUUUUGUUGUUAAAAAUAAUAUUUUUAAAGCUGCAAACUAUCUAUGUUCACUUCCAAGCAUUGACAUCAACGCAAAAGAUGAUGAAAGAAAGUGUGCAAUACAUUAUGCAGCUAGAAGUGGAAAUCCCGAAUUUAUCAAACUCAUUUGUUCAUUACCGAAUGUUGAUGUCAAUGCAAAAGAUUGGGAAGGAAAUGCAGCUAUUCAUUAUGUAAUGCAAAAUAAUAACCCAGAAGUAAUCAAAUUUCUCUGUUCUCUUCCAAAUAUUGAUGUUAACCAAGCUAAUAGCAAAGGAAUACAUGCAAUACAUUAUACUGCACUAUAUACAAAUUUAGAUUAUAUUAAAAGUCUUUGCUCUUAUCCAAAUAUUCAAAUUAAUGCAAAAGAUUCCUCGAAAAACACAGUCCUUCAUUAUGCAACAAGAGCCAAAAAUCUUAAUGUAAUUAAAUAUGUUUACUCUCUCCCAAAUGUUGAUGUAAAUGCUAAAAAUCGUGAUUUAGAAACUCCAAUUCAUUAUGCAAUAAGAAAUCCAAAUAUUGAAAUAAUUAAAUAUCUCUGCUCUCUUCCAAAUAUUGAUAUAAAUGCAAGGAAUAUCAAAGGCGAAACAAUCUUUCAUACUGCUGCAAGUAGCAGGGAUUUCGAAUUAGUUAAAUUUAUUUUCUCUUUACCAAAUAUUAACUUUACUGCACUUCAUAAUGCAAUAGAUAACAAAUAUGAAAUUUCAACUUACAUUUUAAGAAGAUUUAAGGCAAAUCUCAAUGAUGACAGUCUAUAUAAUUCGCUAAUGAUGCAGGCAGACAAGGAUUUUAAACCCAAAAUGAAAGAUUUCCUAAAAUUUAUACGUUAA